AUGGUUAUGAAACGAUCGAUGAAGCGGUUCAACCAAGAGGCGUUUCUAGAAGAUCUUAGUAAAGUCCCAUUCUCUACUGCUUACGUUUUUGAUGAUCCAGAUGAUGUGUAUUGCUGUUGGGAAAAACUUUAUAGCCAAAUUCUUGUUGAUCAUGCUCCUAUCAUUAUCUUUCAAGAAAAGUAAAACUCCUGGAUCCCAAUUUAUUACAACCGAUAUUCAGAAAACGAGGAGGCAAAGAGAUCGUUUCAAGAGGAAAUUUAAUAAAUCUAGGAGCCCAGAUGAUUGGGAAAAUUACCGCAGAUCUCAAAAUAAAGUUGUUAGUAUGAGAAGGAAGGCAGUGAAAGAGCAUUUCACUAAAUUAUGCGAAGAAACGCAUGGAAAUCAGAGGAAAUUUUGGAGUACCAUUUCACCAUAUAUUAAUUCAUGUAAAAAUGUAAAUACCGGCCAGAUAAUACUCAAAGACAAUGGAAAGCUAAUAGGUGGCUGAGACUUUGAAUGCGUAUUUUACUGGUUUUGAUGCUAACAGUGUAAAUAAUAAUUACACUUCCACCCCCGAUAUUGAUCUUUCACAUGUAGCUGUUGACUCAAUGCUGUCACUUAGGAAAUCAAACCCGAUAGAGGUAUGUGAGGUUAUGAAAAGAUUAAAGCCUAUAUAA